CCUGGCCUGGCGGGUCAGUCCUGGGCUGGCCCAAAGGCCUCGUCGGAAGGGGUAGGGAACAGCAACAGCAGUCUCCUUCCCUCCGGCCGAGGAAUCUGAUCACAACCAGGGAUAGUCCCUGAAAGGCUAGAAGAGACUCCAGUAGCUGCACAGCUUUAGCCACAUCAACAGAUGUGGGCACCUGGAGCAGGGACGCAGCUGUCCAGGCAUCCCCUGGCCCGUCAGUGGGUGAGCCAGAGCUAGGACCCACGUCUACAGGCGCCUCCCGUCCCGACUGCUGCCUGUCUCCGAAGGUGUUCCGAGGGCAACACAUCCCCCAGCCAUGAACUACGUGGGUCAGCUUGCGGGGACCGUGUUUGGGACAGUGAAGGAGCUGUACCAGGGCCUGAACCCAGCCACACUGAGUGGUUGCAUCGAUGUGCUGGUGGUGGAGCAGGUGGACGGCUCCUUCCGGUGCUCGCCCUUCCACGUGCGCUUCGGCAAGCUGGGUGUCCUGCGGUCACGGGAGAAGGUGGUAGACAUCGAGAUCAAUGGGGAGCCCGUGGACUUGCACAUGAAGCUGGGGGACAGUGGGGAGGCCUUCUUUGUCCAGGAACUGGAGAGUGAUGAGGAACAGGUGCCUCCCCGCCUGUGCACAUCGCCCUUACCCUGGGGGGGGCUGUCUGGCUUUCCCUCGGACUCCCAGCUGGGUACAGCCAGCGAGCCCGAGCCCAUCGUCUUGCACCUGGCCUCCACGGGGAGGAAAAAGAAGCUUCGGAGGAGGAAAGCGAGGCGGAAGGAGGACACCGUGGCCGACGAUUCCAGUUCUGAGGACCUGGAGGCAGGCGCUGAGAGUGAGCCGUCCCCGCUGGAAAAGCCGAGGCCGGAGCCCCCAGGGUGUGUGGGGACCAGCAGUAUCCAGUCGGAGGGGGAGUGCCCGUCACAGCCCGCAGACAUCCACCCCUACUCCGAUGGCGAGUGGCCCUCCCAGGCCAGCCUUUCGUCAGGCGGGCUGACGUCCCCCAAGAGUGACUCGGAGCUGGAGGUGAAGACCCCCGAGCCCAGCUCCCUGAGAGCUGAGUCCCACAUGCAGUGGUCCUGGGGGAGACUGCCCAAGGUGGCCAAAGCUGAGUGGCCCAUGUCCUCGAUGGCCCCUGAUGACAGCACCCGGGCAGCCUCACCUCCUCCGGGAGAGCCCAGCACCCCUGACCUCCGGCCUGACACAGAGGUGCCCGCUCCGGUGGGCCCCCCUCUCCUUGCCCCCGAGGGGGAAAAAACCAACGCGCAGAGGUCCAGGGAGGCAGGCCUCUCUCCUGCCUCAAAGUCAUGGAGCUGGGCCGGUGUGGAGGGGCUGGCCCCCACAGCGCAGCCAGAGGGGGUCUCGAGCAGGAAAGGCUCCGUGAAGAGAAGCCAGCAUCUGGGCCCCAGUGACAUCUACCUGGAAGACUUAUCCUCCCUGGAUUCUGAGAACGCGGCCCUUUACUUCCCCCAGAGUGACUGUGGGCUGGGAGCCAGGAGGUGGAGUGAACCCAGCAGCCAGAAGAUGCUGGGGGACCCCAACCCUGAACAGGAGCCAGAACUCACCCUGGACGCAGUGGGUGCGAUAGCACUGUCCCUCUGUGGUGGACUGGCUGACAGCCGGGGCAUUUCCCAAGAGAAGUUCAACAAGCACAUAGUCUCCUACCAGGACCUCGCCCACAACCCUGGCCUCCUAGACGACCCUAACCUGGUGGUGAAAGUCAACGAGAAGCACUACAACUGGGCUGUAGCCGCCCCCAUGGUCCUCUCCCUGCAAGCCUUCCAGAAGAACUUGCCCAAGAGCACUGUGGACAAGCUGGAGAAGGAGAAGAUGCCCAGGAAGGGUGGGCGGUGGUGGUUUUCCUGGCGACGCAGGGACUUCCCGGCUGAGGAGCAAAGUGCCCAGAGCGAGAAGAGCAUGGCCAGGGAGCCGAGGGGGGAGAAGGCGGAUGUCCUGAGCAGUGAGGAUGAUGCGCCAGACAGCCCUGUGAUCCUUGAGGCUCCCUCCCUGCCACCCUUGCCUCCAGCCUACACGCCUGCCUACAAGAAGUCCCUCCGCCUCUCCUCCGACCAGAUCCGACAGCUGAACCUGCAAGAAGGUGCCAACGAGGUGGUCUUCAGCGUGACAACCCAGUACCAGGGCACCUGCCGCUGCAGGGCCACCAUCUACCUAUGGAGGUGGGAUGACAAGGUGGUCAUCUCGGACAUCGAUGGCACCAUCACCAAGUCCGAUGCUCUGGGCCACAUCCUGCCCCAGCUGGGGAAAGACUGGACACACCAGGGCAUCACGAGCCUCUACCACAGAAUCCACCUAAACGGAUACAAGUUCCUGUACUGCUCAGCACGGGCCAUUGGCAUGGCAGACCUCACCAAGGGGUACCUGCAGUGGGUGAGCGAGCGGGGCUGCGGCCUCCCCAAGGGCCCCAUCCUGCUAUCUCCCAGCAGCCUCUUCUCCGCCCUGCACAGGGAGGUGAUUGAGAAGAAGCCAGAGGUGUUCAAGAUCGCCUGCCUGAGCGACAUCCAGCAAUUGUUCCUGCCUCAGGGACAGCCCUUCUAUGCCGCCUUUGGGAACAGGCCCAACGAUGUCACUGCCUACCGGCAGGUGGGCCUCCCAGAAUCUCGAAUCUUCACAGUCAACCCCCGGGGAGAGCUCAUCCGGGAGCCCAUGAAGAACCACAAAUCCACGUACGAGCGGCUCGGCGAGGUGGUCGAGCUCCUCUUCCCGCCCGUGGCCCGUGGCCCCAGCACAGAUCUGGCCAACCCUGAAUACAGCAACUUCUGCUACUGGCGGGAGCCACUGACCACUGUGGACCUUGACGCCCUGGCCUGAACCUGCCCUGGCUGCCCCCUCCUCCCUGGCCUGGCCCAGAACCAACUGGGUGUCCCAGAGCACAGGGGUCAGCAGCUGGGCGCUGCGGGAGCAGCCUGACAGGGAGGACGGGGCUGAGGGCUGGCUGGCAGUCUCUCUCCUCCCUGCUGUUGCCUCUGCCAGCUGAGCUGCAGGGCUGGGGCAGCUGCUCCAGGAUUCAGUGUGGCCCUGGCCUGUGGCCAUUAAAUGAUCGUCACCUAG